CUGCAACGUCAUUACGAUGUUUCUGGAGUAACGUUAGAGGAAGUUAUUCCAGUAAUUUCUCGUUAAAACGGAAAGCAAAAGUUUGUAGAUUUAAGUCACUGAACUCCGCUCGAAACCUUUAAAAUAUACCUUUAGACAUUUUUAACUGCAGGUUUGGAACCUUUUCGACAUCAUGAUGGCGGAUGAUGACCAGCCCAAGACGUUGUACGUCGGAAACCUGUCCCGGGACGUGACGGAGGCUCUGAUCAUGCAGGUGUUCACUCAGAUCGGACCCUGCAAGAGCUGCAAAAUGAUCAUCGACACGGCAGGAAACGACCCGUACUGCUUCGUGGAGUUCUUCGAGCACAUGCAUGCUGCUGCUGCCCUGGCCGCCAUGAACGGACGGAAAAUAUUAGGAAAGGACAUGAAAGUGAACUGGGCCUCCAUGCCGAGCAGCCAGAAGAAAGACACAAGCAAUCAUUUCCACGUCUUUGUUGGUGACCUGAGCCCAGAAAUCUCCACAGAGGAUGUCAGAGCCGCUUUUGCUCCAUUUGGAAAAAUAUCUGAUGCUCGUGUGGUGAAAGACCUGGCUACUGGGAAGUCCAAAGGCUACGGCUUUAUCUCCUUCAUUAAUAAAUGGGAUGCAGAGAACGCCAUCCAGCAGAUGAACGGACAGUGGCUGGGAGGCAGGCAGAUCAGAACCAACUGGGCCACCAGGAAGCCUCCAGCACCCAAAUCCAACCUCGAGAGUCAGUCCGGUACAGGCAACACCAAACACCUGUCCUACGAGGAGGUGCUGAACCAGUCCAGCCCCAGUAACUGCACCGUGUACUGUGGAGGGGUCACCUCCGGCCUCUCAGAUCAGCUGAUGAGGCAGACUUUCUCUCCAUUCGGACAGAUCAUGGAGAUCAGGGUCUUCCCAGAUAAAGGCUACUCGUUCGUGAGGUUCGACUCUCACGAGAGCGCGGCUCACGCCAUCGUGUCCGUGAACGGGACGUGCAUCGAGGGUCACACGGUCAAGUGCUACUGGGGGAAAGAGACCGCAGACAUGAGGGCCAUGCAGCAGAUGGCCAUGCCUCAGCAGAGUAACCCGGCCUACGCAGCUCAGCCGUAUGGACAAUGGGGUCAGUCUUACGGUAAUGGGCAGCAGAUGGGGCAGUACGUCCCUAACGGCUGGCAGAUGCCGGCGUACGGUGUGUACGGUCAGGCCUGGAACCAGCAGGGCUACAAGUAAGUACACCAGCACGGUGUCCGCCACCUCCUCCUCCUCCUCCUCUUCUGGUUCCUCCAUGUGUACCCCAAUCCAGGAGGGCAGAACAACGCCAGCUGGACGGACCAUUCCAUCACGAACGGGGGGGGGGGUGGCAACGGACUCCACCCCGAUGUACAGCAUAUUCGGAUCUUUAGCCCCGCCCUCUACACCUGGUUUCCUUUUCUCCUUUGUUUUUUUUCCCCUCUUCAUCUUGUAGUUUGGACUGAUUUACGAAAAAGAAAAAUUGUCAGUCUUUUAAAGUGUCUUUCUUUCUUUUCUUUUUUUUUUGGAAUGUUUGCCUUUUUUUCUGUAAUUAUGAAUCUCCCCUCCCUUUAGUCCCAGUUUUUCAGUAGAUCUAUUUUUUUUUUCCUCCUCCAGUCAUUAAAAAGAAGACGAAGUGUUCAGAAACGUCGCCCCAUGUUGUGAACUUGUUCCCUCGGUUUUUUUUCUUCUUCUUCUUGGUAUGGACACACUGCAGCUCGACAUGAUUGUUUUGUUUUUUUUCCUUUUAUUCACAGUCUGGUAGUUUUGUAAAAAAAAAUAUAUAUCUAUAUAAAUAAAAUAAAAUGGAGGCAGUUCUUUCCUCAGUGGCCUUGACACGCACUUGAAGUUCCCCACGACUUCUGGUGAAAUAAUAUUGUUCUUAAUUUAAUCCAGCUUUUAACAAAAUUCAUUAACACACACCUCGACCUUCACGCAACUUCUCCUUCUUUAAAUUCACUCAUUUUUUUGUUUUUUCCCCCUUUCUUUUCUGCGUUUCUUUUUUAUUACAGAUGCCACGCUGUGGAUAAGAUUUCAUUCUAAUGUUCGAUGCUUAUGUUAAGCUCUGAUGUUUAAACGUCCUUCUCUCUCUUUUUUUAAAAAAAAUUUAUAUAUAUAAUUAUAGGGAUUGAGAAUCAUGUUUCCUCCGGAUGAGAAUUAGGUUUAGGACACCAGAGUUCUGUUGGUUAUGUAAAGAUAUUUUUGUAAUUCUGUCUUUGUUAGCAGAUUUUUUUUUUUUUUUCCCCCCCUGUUUACCUGCAUGUGAAAUGUCCAGCCGUCUCGGCCAAUCCGCUCUGUCCAUCACGGCGAUCAGGUCCAUUUAGAUCUACGUUUUUUUUUUAACCUGUUUUUUCCUUCCGACUACCUUUCCAUUUUCGUGGUCUUUUUUGUUUAGUUUUCUGCUUGAGCGAAGCGUCACUGUGUUGAUUUUACAAGCCAAAGACGAGAAAUCCCCGAGCGCUCUCUCUUUAUCCACUUCAACCACUGUAGAGAGCUCCUCGAGCGUGCUUGGAAAAGAAACAGGAAGUCCUGCUUUUCCACUUCCUGCCACAGAGCCGAGCUGUAGACGGUCGUAUCGGAGGUGUGUUCAUGUGUGUUUUCUCCCCUUUUUGUUUGUGUCCUAUUCACUCAUCACUCUGUCGUUUAAAGAGAAGAGCAUAAGCGAUUAAAUCUGUUCAUUUUUUUUUUCCUCCUUCUUCCUUCCAGUGUUUCUCUUCUUUUUUUUUUUUUCCUCCGCUUGUUUUGGCUAAUGAAUCAAACGUCCUGCUUUCUAGAAUUUGAAACUGUAUUUUGUAAAAAGCUGAAGACAAAAAAAUGUACUGUUCAUCUUUUUUUGGAUUUUCUUUUUUGGGGGGGUUUUCAUUCAAUUUUUUUUUCCUCGCUCAUUCCGGUUUUCUCCUCGACUUCUUUUGGAGGGACAUUUAAUUUUUUUUUUUGUGUAAAUAACUUGAUAAUCCAUUAAUAUGAUAACCAUUAAAAAGCUGUUCCAGUAUUCUGAGACUCUGCAAAGUAAAAAAAAAAAAUGGC